AUGGCAGGUUCAAUCUCCGACGACGAAUUAAACGACGAAAACUUCAUCGUCGACAUCGACAGCAUCCAAGCACACGGCAUCGGCGCCGCAGACAUCACAAAACUAAAAGCAAAUGGAUUCUACACCGUUGCCUCCGUCCACGGCGCCACGCGCAAAACACUUCUGAAAAUCAAGGGAUUCAGCGAGAUCAAGGUCGAGAAGGUCAAAGAGGCGAUUCAGAAAUGUUUGCCAUCCGCAUCAGGUUUCAUCACCGCCAUGGAACUAUUCCACCAACGCAAAAAGGUCGUUCGCAUUUCGACUGGGAGCAAACAAUUCGACUCUAUCCUUGGCGGCGGCUUCCAAAGCAUGUCCAUAAGCGAAGUCUUCGGCGAAUUCCGCUGCGGCAAAACCCAACUUUCCCACACAAUGUCCGUUAUAGCCCAACUCCCACGCAACCUGGGAGGCGCAGACGGAAAAGUCGCAUACAUCGACACCGAGGGAACCUUCCGACCCGAAAGAAUUGCGCAAAUUGCAGAACGAUUCGGCGUCGAGCCUGAGACGGCGCAGGAAAAUAUUGCUUACGCGCGUGCGCUGAAUAGUGAGCAUCAACUUGAGUUGUUGAAUACGCUUAGUUGUGAGUUUGCCGGAGGCGAGUUUCGGUUGCUGGUUAUUGAUUCCAUUAUGAAUUGUUUUCGGGUCGAUUAUUGUGGGCGUGGUGAACUUGCUGAGAGGCAGCAGAAGCUUAAUCAGUUUCUUAUGAAAUUGGCGCAUAUGGCUGAGGAGUUCAAUGUUUGUGUUCUCAUGACAAACCAAGUUCAGAGUGACCCUGGUGCUAGUGCACUGUUUGCUGGAGCUGAUGGCCGCAAGCCUGUUGGAGGACAUGUUCUUGCGCAUGCGUCGACCACCCGUGUGCUUCUCCGCAAGGGUCGUGGUGAAGAACGAGUGGCCAAGAUUCAAGACUCGCCUGACUGCCCCGAGCGAGAGGCGACUUAUAUCAUUACGAAUGGAGGUAUCAAUGAUCCCGACAAGCUAUGA